AUGGAAAUAGCUCGCGCAAAAGAGCUUCCGGGGGAACUCUUAUAUAUACAAUACGAACAUGCACUAGAAGAAAAGUACCUACCCGCUAUCCGGGCCUUGAUUUCGAAAGAUCUCAGCGAGCCCUAUAGCAUAUAUGUUUACCGGUAUUUCUUGUACCAAUGGGCUCACUUGUGUUAUAUGGCACUCAAUCCCGUCGAUAAAUCUCUUAUGGGCGUCAUCAUUUGUAAACUCGAACACCAUGCCUCCCAUUCACCCCCGACCCAUCGAGGUUAUAUAGCUAUGCUUGCGGUAUCGUCUGCCUUUAGGGGUCACGGCAUAGCCACGGCGUUAGUGAGGAUGGCGAUCGAUGCAAUGGCCGAGCGCCAUGCCGACGAAAUUGUUUUAGAGACUGAAGAAACGAACAUACCAGCUAUGAGACUAUACGAACGGUUGGGAUUCUUACGAUCGAAGAAGCUCCAUCGAUACUACCUAAACGGUAACAGCGCUUAUAGGCUUGUACUACUCUUGAAGUCGGCAGACCUCGAACCUGGCCAGCAACCUGACUAG